AAAGCAACUUCCACCAACAACUUGAUGCAGUUCUCACUAUACCAUGAACGACUUCCUUUCCAUGGCGUCUGGGUUGAUCCCAUCAUCCCUAUUAUUCGUAGUUUUAAUGCUGCUGCUCCUAUACUGGGGCUCGCGAAAACCGCAAGAUUAUCCUCCAGGACCGAAGUGGUGGCCCUUCCUGGGAUGCGCCUUAGAAAUCGCAAGACUCCGCAAGAAAACUGGCUAUCUUCACGAGACCUGUACACUGUUGGGGAAAAAAUAUGGCCCAAUCGUGGGAUUAAAAAUUGGGACCGAUAAAAUUGUUGUGCUUAAUACUUACGAGAGCAUGAAAUCAAUGUUGAUGAAUGAGGAUUGCGACGGAAGACCCAUUGGGCCCGUGUAUGAGUCACGAACUUGGGGAAAGAGACGCGGAGUUCUGGUGACAGACGGAGUCCUCUGGAGCGAGCAGAGGCGCUUCGUCCUGCGUCACCUCCGAGAUUUCGGCUUUGGAAAGAAUAAUAUGGCGACAUUAAUUGGAGAGGAAGCUAGGCACCUAGUGAACAGCCUAUUGCAUCAAUUAGAAAUGACAUCAAUCAACCGAAAACCUGUGAAAUCUGUCAACAACAUGAAAAAUAACGGGGUAAUUUACCAGUUGUGCGGUCAAGAUCUGAAGAAAAAAUCCGAAGAAGACAACGGAAGUAUUAUUGAUCCUCAUGACCAAUGCUUGAAGAAAAGUAUCAAGAUUGAGGACAUGUACAUGAAGGCGGAGGAUUACGUUGAUGUUUGGCGAGUUUCUCAGGCUUCGGAAAUGGUUAUUCAGAUGGACGAAGUCUUCGGGGUUCCCAUUCUGAAUACUUUGUGGAGAAUGAUGGCGGGAAAAAGGUACAAUGUGGAUGACAGACGACUAAAUCACCUCCAGAGAAUCCUGACGACUCUCUUCAAGGCAUGCGAUAUGAUCGGCUGUUUGUUUGGGCAUUUUCCCAUUCUAAGAUACAUAGCACCUGUUGCUUCCGGAUAUAAACAAUUCAUGGAGAUUCAUCAGCAGUUAUGGAGUUUCUUGAAUGAAGAAUUGGUGAAUCACAAGAAGACGUUUGAUCCAGAUGUACCGAAAUGUCUGAUGGAUGCGUAUUUGAAAAUUCUACAGUCUGAGUCUCAUAACGAAACAUUUUCAGAAUUACAAUUACUCGCCAUUUGGGUGGAUUUAUUCAUGGCAGGAUCGGAAACAACAACAAAAGCCCUGAACUUCUGUUUCCUGUACCUCGUGCUGUAUCCUGAGGUGCAGAGAAAAGCCCAGGCGGAAAUUGACAGAGAAAUUGGAAGGGAACGAUUUCCAUGCCUGUCUGACCGACCCAGAAUGACGUACGUGAAUGCAAUUACUCUGGAAUCCAUCCGAAUAUUUAUGGGAAGGACCAUGAAUAUUCCUCACAGGGCGCUGAAGGACACUUAUAUCAUGGGCUAUCGAAUACCAAAGGACACAAUGCUAGCAGCAAAUUUCAGCAGGAUCUUAAUGAGCGACGAGUUCUACGACGAUCCCGAAGUAUUCCGACCCGAAAGGUUCAUCGAUUCCAGAGGAAAUAUUUCCGUUCCAGAGCAAUAUAUGCCGUUUAGUACCGGUAAACAUCAUUGCAUGGGUGAGGUCCUGGCUAAAAGUAACAUUUUUGUCUUCACCGCAGCAUUACUACAGACUUUUACAUUCUCAGUGGCACCUGGUGAGGAAAAACCAACCACCGGUUUCACUGAUGGUGUAACAGCCAGUCCAUUGCCAUUCAAAGUCCGAAUAACUAGGAGAUAUUGAAGUAAUUAUAUUACUGGAAUGAAAAAAUGUUCUUUUUACUAUGAAUUAUGAAUUUUUGUGCCAGAAUUUCUGUGGGGAUCGCUUUCAUUGCACCCGAUGUCUAGUCACAAAGGCCAUUUUAACAUUUGCUCGAUGAGAAAUUGUAAUUUCAUCUGCGAAUUCACGACAGCGAAAAUUUUCUUUUUUAUUGAUUGAUUAGUGGGGUAACUGACAGUGUCACUGCAUGACUCAAUUCUUCCUCGUACUUUAUUAUACAAUUUCACUCUAUUAAAGUACAUAUAUAUUAUCAAUUCAUUAUUUCUCCAAUCAGAAUAUGUACAUACAUCAACAGAUAGAAAAAUUUACACUCGCAUUAAAAUAUUUUCCAGUUAAUUUGAGAUAUAAUAGGUUUACAGAGUAAUUUUAGUUACCAUCACAAUGUUAUAUUAGCAAUAAUUGCUUUAUCUUAAUUAAAACUGACCGUCGAGACAUUCAUACUGAUAAUAAAUAAUGCUACAUUUGAAGGAUUUUUUGUAAAUAAAAUUCAGUGUUCUCGCUGAAGGAAACAAG